CUGUGACGUCAUCAUUCCAAACAGACCGAGAAGGGAGAGACAGUCGAGGAAGGAACAUCGCCCUUUUCUCCCUUUUUCAGUCAUGGAUUCGGACGAGGAGUAUAUUUACGACUGUGACAGCGGGAACGAGUCGAGUGGGGAUGACGUGGGCCUGGAAUUUGAGAUAGAAGGGGAAGGGGAGUCUGGCAGCAGCAGGUACAGAGAGACCACUGAAGAUUAUCCUUAUGAAGUCCUUUCUACCGAAGAUAUCACCAGACACAUGAUAGACUGCAUCAAGGAGGUCAACAGCGUGGUCAAUAUUCCUGUAACAACGACAAGAAUAUUGCUAAAUCACUUCAAAUGGGACAAAGAAAAGUUAAUGGAGAGAUUUUAUGACGGUGACCAGGAAAAGCUGUUCUCGGAGGCUCAUGUUGUCAGCCCCUUCAAGACGCCGAGUAAAUCGCAGCGGGUUACAGUCAAGACAAGUAAUGGAAUGGAGGAGUGUGAGAUCUGCUUCCUAAACAUGCCUUCUGCUAUGAUGACUGGAAUUGAGUGUGGACACCGUUUCUGCACUAAUUGCUGGACUGAAUACCUGACCACCAAGAUCAUUGACGAGGGGAUGGGCCAGACCAUCUCCUGUGCCGCUCACUCCUGCUCCAUCCUUGUUGAUGAUCACACGGUCAUGAGAUUAAUUGUUGAUCCUAAAGUCAAACUCAAGUACCAGCAUCUCAUCACUAAAAGUUUUGUUGAGUGCAACAGACUGCUGCGCUGGUGUCCAUACCCAGACUGUAACUAUGCAAUCAAGGUGCAAUACCCAGAUGUCCGGCCAGUCAUGUGCAAGUGCCGCAACGUGUUUUGCUUCAACUGUGGUGAGAACUGGCACGACCCCGUCAAGUGCCACCUGCUGCGCCACUGGAUCAAGAAGUGUGACGAUGACUCAGAGACCUCAAACUGGAUCGCAGCUAACACAAAGGAAUGUCCCAAGUGUAAAGUGACAAUAGAGAAGGAUGGAGGGUGUAAUCACAUGGUGUGUAAGAAUCAGAGCUGUAAAGCCGAUUUCUGCUGGGUUUGUCUUGGGCCGUGGGAACCCCAUGGCUCCUCCUGGUAUUCCUGCAACCGUUAUGAUGAGGAUGAAGCCAAGCAGGCCCGGGAUGCACAGGAGAAGUCCCGGGCAGCCCUGCAGCGCUACCUGUUUUACUGCAACCGUUACAUGAACCACAUGCAGUCCCUCAAGUUUGAGCAUAAGCUGUAUGCCUCAGUCAAGGAGAAGAUGGAGGAGAUGCAGCAACACAACAUGUCUUGGAUAGAGGUCCAGUUCCUGAAGAAGGCAGUGGACAUCCUGUGUGAGUGCCGGCAGACCCUGAUGUUCACUUACGUGUUUGCUUAUUACUUGAGGAAGAACAACCAGUCCGUGAUAUUUGAAGACAACCAGAAGGACGUUGAAAGUGCCACAGAGACGCUCAGUGAGUACCUCGAGAGAGACAUAACGCAGGAGAAUCUGGCAGACAUCAAGCAGAAGGUCCAAGACAAAUACAGGUACUGUGAUCAGCGGCGGAGAAAGCUGCUGGAACACGUUCACGAGGGUUACGAGAAGGACUGGUGGGAAUACUCGGAGCCCUAGUAGGAACACAACACCUACCACCUCGGUGCAGCAGUAGUAUCCCUUCUGUUACUCCCUAGUCCUGCGCUGGGGCCUUGGUGGGGCGUGUGUGUGUGUGGGCGUGUGGGCGCGUGCAUGUGUUUUAGUGUGCGUGUGGUGGGUUGGGAUGAGCGAGCCUCCAGAGACGAGUGCUCUGUGAAUCCCUUCCCCCAAAGUCACUGCAUUGAUAGGAGCCCCACCAUCAGUCUUCAAUGCUACUCUAUAAGUGCUCUCCCCAACAAUUGACCCCAUUAGGAACUUUUAGUAAUUCAUAGGAAGUGAUGUUAACAAGGAUGGUUGAGGUUAGAGAAGAGGCUCUGAGAGUACUACUAGUUGUUCCUAACAUUCCUCACAUGUCUGUAGCCCAGAGUCAUGUUUGGAGCUUGAAAUUUAGACCUUUGAACUAUUAUUGGCAUGUUGGAUUGUUUGUCUUCAUUGCCAUUGCAUUAGUUAUAUCCCAAAUGCCUUUUUUUCAUUUAUUUAUCUUUUUUUUUUCUUUUUAUCUGGUAUAUAAUGAUUCCAUCCCCAGCCAGAAGUGUCUCAUUGUGACUAUUCUAUUGUUUAUUUUUACUGCAUUACAUUUCCCAAAUACCUUGAAGUGUUGUGUGUCUUUUAUUUUCUUAAUACAGUAUUACUGUAUCCCAUAAACUCAGGUUCAUGUAUAAACAAAAUAACAUGUUACUUAUCUUACCAACAAAUACUUUUUCUGUAGCAUGGCAUGUACCACAUAAGGAAUACUGAACUCAUCAUAAAAGAAAAAUACUUUUUUGAAUGAAAGAAAUGUAUUUAGUUUUUCAAGUAAAUUUACUUUGAACAAAGGUAAUUCUAUUCUGAAGUCGGAAUAAGUGUGCAGUGCAUUUGAAUUAACAAACUGUCAUGGCAUUUGAAAUCCUUCUUUUUUUGAAAAUUGGCAAUUUCAUAACCUUUUAAGAAAAUAAUAGACCACAGUACAUAUAUAGUGGGAAGAUCUUUUGUACUAGUUCAGUUUGUAUCCAAAGUUGAGAGUUUAGUUGAUGUGUUGAUGAAGGUUGGAGAGGAGUGGUGGUGUGGCCACAGUCCCAUGGCAGCAGCACCCCCGGGUGGUGUUGGCAGGUGGCAUACACCGGUAGUUUUGUGCCUCAGAUGGAGGAGUGAGAUAGUCCAUUUUGUUUGUGGAAUAUCAUAGGUAGAUUGUUAUAUAUAUGAAAGAUAAUGUGAAUAGAUACCUGAUGGCUAAUAAUAUGAUAAUGCAGCUGAAAGCGGAUUAAUUUCAUGACCAUUAUUUGUACAUAGCCUUUCUUUUCCAGCCUGACAUAGAGUUAACAGGGACUGAAUUCAGGAGCCAUUCUAAGAAUCUCAUGUUUUCCUGUUCAAUUAUUUAGAUUCAUAGAUUAUUAGUUGACAGAUUGCCUAGGUUCCUAGGAAAACAACAAGUAAACAAAAAUAUGUAAUUAGGUAAAAAAAAAAAAAAGCAUGUGCUGGCUGUAUUGAUGAUGCUAUAAAUCUGUUUUGAAGUGGAUAUAACUUGAAAGCUUUAGCUCUGAUCUCUAUUCUUUGCAAGAGUGUGGCAGCUUGUUGCCACUCUGGGGUCUAGCCACUCCUUGUCAUGUGGUUUCUGCUGCUGCAACUCAGUAUUAUCCAUUAAGAGGUCUACAUUAUCUGCAUCUGUUGACUUAAUUCACAUGGUACUUGGCACCCUGUAUGAGUUACAUUUGUGCCUGUGUUUGUGCUGCAUGGGCAAACCUGCACUGCAUUACCAGGUUCCAGCAUUUUGUAAAUUGUGUGCCUUGACCUAGUUUAUACAUAUAUACCUUGUUUUCUACUGCUGUCACAAAAACAAAAUCUGGCAAAUGAGGUGAAGUCAACUGUGCAGACUCGGCAAAUUGGGUUGGUAUGCUGUAUUUCAAGUGGUCUCGCCCUCACUUGGCUCAAGACUCAGUGGUGCCUGUGGCCGCGGCUGGAAGCAUCUGCCAAACACUACAUCUGAAAGAAGAGAACAAGAGAAAAUGCUUUUUCAUAUUUCUAAGCAAACUACAAAGUAUCACAUGUUUCAUAAAGUUGUUGCUUAGACAGAAUAUAGGAGCCUUUUCAAGUGGGUGUUGUGUUCCUACUUACUGGUGUUGCCUGAGAGGUUUGUAAGAAUGGUGGUCCUGAAUGCUGUUCUUCACAACAUCAUGUUUAUAUCAGUGUAAGUAGUGGUCAAACCACAAACUCAUAAUCACUGUAUAGAAACUUCUACCACCAGUUACUAGUGAAGAUGUGUGUAUUUUAGGUUUGGACAUCUUUGUACAGUUCUUUUUACAAAUAUAUUUUAUUUUACCCACAUUAAAAAGUAGACUUUUUGUCAUAUAUAUCAAUUUUAUGUUGACUCAGCAUAACUCUGUGAUUUUCAGAACUUUUUGACAGGAUGUUGCAUUUUGUACAGCAGUGUAGAGUACAUUGCUUCCUUCACAUGAACUGUAGCCUCUGUGUGGAAGUGUAUUAUUGUUGGUCUGGCUCUGUUUACAUCCUGGAACUGGAACAUACCAGGGCAAAUGUGGCCAGGUUUUCAGCUGCAAUGAAUCAGUGAUGCAUUGUAUCGUAAAAUUGCUUGUCAAGAAGUUCUGGUAUAUAGUUUUAGAUGAUUUAAUUGCUCUGGUUCAAUUAUACAGGUUCAUGAAAUUUUUCAUUAAAUUGUAGUGAUAACUCUUUAUGCUUACCUGCCUUGAGAAUAGUGGUUGGCCCUUGUGUGGCAGUGGUAGGACUGUAACUACGGCUAAUGCUUCAACUUUGGUAUGUUUUUAUACAGGGAUAUAAUUCUGGAUCACAGUUAAUGAGUGAAUGGUGAUAUACAUUUAUUGAGGCAUAGCAGGCAGCUACUCAACCAACCACUUAUUAUUUCACAAACAUGUAAAUAAAGAUAAAUAUAUAGAUAUUAUAUAGUGUGAAUUUUUCCUAGGAAUUACAAUGAAUGGGAAAAGAAAAAUGUGUCUUGAGCUUCCUUCAUGAUUACAUGAUUUUGCUUUAAAAAUUUGAUACCAAACCUUUUCUUUCUCAUGAGGUAUAUGAUAAAAGUGGGCUGAAGAUAUGUACAAGAUGCCACUCAGGCUGUGUGGACUAUGUUCCUUAGCAGGAAGGUUUACAGAGAACUUGCAUACCAUGUUUUGCUUCAGAGUGGUUAUGUUAUCCAUUUGCUGAGAGAAACUGGAAAGGAUGUAAUACCCAGUAAGACCAAUGCCAGUGUUAUUAGUGUUUGAGUACCAGUUCAGUCAUUAUUUAUCAUUGUAUAAUACAGGGAAAAGCAUUUGUUAUUACAAGCUCAGAAUCACUGAUAGUUUCAUGUUAUGUACAGCGCAUAUCACAUAGUGUAAAGUGAGAGAACAAUACCAUAACAUUUUGUAUGCACUUUAUAAAGUUUUUGUAUCAGCUUAUUGUAUGGCAUGAGGUUCAUUUUGUGCUUGUUGUCAUGAUUCAGAGGCAGACUUUGUUGAUGCUAUUGCAAUUGUCUCUCCCUGUGUGUUGCUGUGAGUUGAGCUUUAGAGUCUCAGUGAGUCUUAACACCCCAUCAGAGUGAGUGGGCACACUGCACAAACCAUCACCACCGACGGUAGCCUCACCACCUCACCAUUUCACAGAUCUUGUUGUCUUGUUGGAAGAAAAGUGUUUCCCUGCAGUGCAACUUUUGCUCCCUUUCAUUACUGCUCUUAGUUGCCUGUAGAAGACUUAGUAUUGGUGCAAUAAAAGAAAAAAAAAAAAAGAUAUUUAACUAUGUAAUUUGAUAUUGAGAUGUAAUGAACUUAUUGGUGUAUUUUAACAACUUUGACUCCACCAAAGGUUUUCGUUUUUCCCAUAAGUGCUCCAUUGCUUGUUGAGUUGUACGAUGAUGAAAUGUGUCGGUGUUUGAUGGAAAGAUGUUGAUGAUAAAGUGUUGUCACAGUCAUGUCAUGGGAAGCACUGUGUAUUAGUGUAAUGACUAUAGUUUUUUUUAUUUUUUUUAUUUGUGUUUCUCAUAUUGUUGUAUUUGGAAUCCAUAUCAGACUUAUAUGACAAAAUAUGUUGAAAAAAAGAAAAAAAAGUAUAUUGACAUGAAUGAAAUAUUUAUAAUCUGUUGUUGCUUUAGUAAGCCACAACCACAUACUGUUACUAUUAAAUUUCCCUUUAGCUCAUAUGUUCCUUUGGUACAUUUAUAUAUAUAGGAAAUGUAUAACAAAAAUGUAAAUGUAUCAGUUUAUCAUGCACGACAUUGUAAAGGCUUUGACAAUUAUGAUUUUUGUUCUUUAUUAUUUUUUUGACAUUUUAUUGAUAUCAUGUGCAUUUUAUUGAUAUCAUGUGCAUUUUCUGUAAUGAUUCACUGAUGUAAUCUUCCCAAAGUCUCUAAGGCUGCAGUGUGAAACCUUCCCAAGUCAAGGUGUUGGUGGUGAAGAGGUGUGUGUUGUGCCCACCACUGAAGUGUCCCUGACGUUAGUUAUGCUGUACAUAGAGAGCAACUGAAAGGUACAGAGUUGCAUGUUUUGGGAGAGUUUGUUAGUUUAUUCUUAUUUUUUUUAUUUGUUUAUUUUUUUCGUAACCGAGUUUGAUUUUGAAAUAAUAAUUUGAGUAAUUCCUGCUGGUUAUUAAGAGACUUUCUGGGACAUAAAACAUUGACUAAACAUUAGACAUUUGUACCACAGAAUGACUUUUUAACAAAUUACUGAAGACAAUUUUAAACACAUACAUACAAACACACUUACAUACAUACAUACAACAGUAACAAGGGAAAAAACACUGGAAUAAUAAUAAGUUGCAUCACUGUAGCUUCCAUUAGGAGGAAAAUAUGUGAUCUUGUGAAGCUGUAAGAGUAACAAACACAUUAUAAAUUCCACUUGAAGGUUCACCCAGAGUUAAUAUGUGUUGUAGCCUUGCCAUCACUGCGCACUGUCUCUAGCUAACACCUGCCUUUGUUCAGUUGUGUUGUAUCUGGAAUGGUUGCAUUUUUCAGCUGCCAUGAUCUGCACUGUGCCUACAAAACUCAAGGGGUGGCAGUUGUUUAUUCUGUGAUAGGAGAAGUCUUCAAAAUGUGUUACUUUGAUUGGUUGAAAGAUAUGUUUAAUGUUUUUAGGAUGAGAUGCUUCAAAAUAUAUUCAAUUGUGAAGAUUUUGUGAUUUGACUCUCUCUCUCUCUCUCUCUCUCUCUCUCUCUCUCUCUCUCUCUCUCUCUCUCUCUCUCUCUCUCUCUCUCUCUCUCUCUCUCUCUCUCUCUCUCUCUCUCUCUCUCUCUCUCUCUCUCUCUCUCUCUCUCUCUCUCUCUCUCAUGCUAACUGUGUGCGAAAGAAUUAUCAGGUACUAUUACUAACUUACUCUACUCACACUCACAUGCAGAGACUCUAUCAAACACACUCUGUUUUCAUCACUAAUUUAUAUGUAUGUAGCCUUCUCAAUAUAAAGAAAGAAAGAAUCCGUAAUUGUCCACAAAAUCAUUACUCAUCUGUAAGCCAAGAUGUGUGUUAAGUUGUACUGCCCAAUCAUAUUUUGUGACACCACAUUUUCCCUUCCCACUAAUGCCUCCCUAUCAUAGCAUUGCACAUUGAAAAGUUUAUACAUAUAUCUUAUACUCAAAACUUUAAAUAUAGCCAAGCACUUCCAUCUCCUCCUCUUCCUCUUCUUCCUUUGUCCCUAUCUAAAUUUGCCUAACCUAACCUAACCUAACUUGUGUCAUCUACUCUAACAUGUCUUUCUCUCUUCAUUUCUUUCUUUAUUUUCAUACUCUUUGUUCUCUUGUUACUUAUUUAGCCUCAUGUUUCAUUUUCAUCAUUCACUUGCCCCUUCAUCUCUUCUUUUCUAUGCUCUUGCCACUUACUCCUUUCUUCUCUCUCCUUUUUAGUUACUAUCUUAUUCUACUCUUUAUUUUCUAGUUUCACUCAUCUCUCUUUCUUUUCUAUCUCCUUAUCAUUUUUUUUCCUGUUAACUUUUCAUGCUUUUCGUCUCACUCAUACCUCAUGUCACAACUUUCCCUGACACUCCAGCCACCUUUUCUUUCUUUUCUAUCUCGUCGUUGUUUUUCCUGUUACUUUUCAUGCUCUCUAUCUCACUCUUGUAUAUCAUCUCACGUCUUUCCUUCACACUCCAGCCACCUUCUGAUCUCUCCCUUGUCUAGUCGGCCGCCCAUGAAAUAUUAUCCGCCGUCACCAGUAACUCAGAUGUCAUUCAGUCCACUCAUAUUGUAGCAACAUUGAGCCGACCCACUUCAGCUAACAGGCCCUCCCAGCAGUGCCAGAGCCAAUGGUGUAUGCAUGUGGUUGUGGUAUACAGUGUGUGAACGUGUGUACAUAUUACUGAGAAAUAUAUUAGCCAACUUU